UUAAUCUCUUGUACAAAACCCAUUAGGUUAAACGUAUGUAUCGUCGUGUAUAUAAGACGUUUGUCUUGGAACAGAGUGAAUAAGAAGCACAAUUUACAAUCUCCUUCUCUAUUUGACAUGGUAUCAGAGCAAAACCUAACUACUAAAAGGUUUUGUGCUUGAUCUUGUGAUUUCUACUUCCGCUACAAGAAAUUUCUUUCUCAAACUCUGUUUAUUUUCAUCGUUUCUUUGACCUUGUUUUUGUCAAUCUUUCUUUGACAAAUUCUUUUCACAAUGAGCACCGAAGCAGCCCUUGCUACCACCACGGCACCGGUGCGGCGAACCAUCUCGCCAUAUGAUUUAACCUCCAGCGACAAUCCAGGCACCUUGAUCUCCAAACCACUUUUGCGUGGUCCCAACUACGACGAAUGGGCCACCAAUCUGCGAUUAGCUUUGAAAGCUAGGAAGAAAUUUGGAUUCGCCGAUGGUUCUAUUCCUCAACCUGUUGCAACAGAUCCGGAUUUUGAAGAUUGGAUAGCUAACAACGCUCUAGUUGUAUCAUGGAUGAAGCUUACCAUUCACGAAAGCAUAUCCACUUCUACGUCUCACCUCGAUGACGCUCAUGAGCUAUGGUCACAUAUUCAAAAACGAUUUGGAGUUAAGAACGGGCAAAGGGUUCAACGUCUCAAAACGGAGUUAGCUACAUGUCGUCAAAAAGGAUUGCCAAUUGAAACAUAUUACGGAAAACUUUCACAAUUGUGGAGGAGCCUAGCUGAUUAUCAACAAGCAAAGACGAUGGAAGAGGUUCGGAAAGAGCGUGAGGAAGACAAACUUCAUCAAUUCCUCAUGGGCCUUGACGAAUCCGUGUAUGGUGCAGUCAAAUCUGCGUUACUUUCUCGAGUUCCACUGCCUUCUCUCGAGGAAGCUUAUAACACUUUAACACAAGAUGAGGAGUCUAAGUCCUUAAGUCGUUUGAACGAUGAAAGAAAUGAUGGUGUUAGUUUUGCGGUUCAAUCUGUUCCACGAACCCGCAAUUUCACCGAGACCAGAGACUCACUUGAAAACAGAGUAUGCUCUUAUUGUGGACGUGUUGGUCAUCUCGCCGAAAAUUGCUUCAAGAAGAUCGGGUAUCCUCCAUGGCUUGAAGAGAAACUACGUAAUCGCAAUAAUUCAUCUGCUGGGCGUGGAAACAAUUCAACCAAUGGUAGAGGAUCCGGCAACGCAUUUAAAGCAAAACAGAGUGUCGGGCGUGGCUCCUCCGUAAAUCAGGUCUCCUCGGGCGUAAGCGCAAAUACGGUUGUCAGCUCGAACUCUCCCUUAACCGAUGCUGAUCGGAUCGGAAUUAGUGGACUAAGUGACACACAAUGGCAGAAAUUGCGACAAAUGCUUGAAGACCGUAAUAACACUUCAACGGAAACACAUUCUGGUAAGUUUUUUAUUGAGUCUUGGAUUAUAGAUUCUGGAGCAACAAAUCACAUGACUGGUACUCUUGAGUUUUUGCGUGAUGUAUGUGAUAUGCCUCCAGUUUUGAUUAAACUUCCGGAUGGAAGAUUCACUACGGCUACAAAACACGGACGUGUUUACUUAGGCUCCACUCUAGAUCUUCAUGAAGUUUUCUUUGUUGAUGGACCGCAUCACUAUGACUCUGAUUGGAGCUAGUAGGCAGCACAAUGGACUAUAUUUCUUG